AUGACCGACGAAACAAAACGCGGCGCGUGCCAAACGGGGACGUCACGUGACGGCGACGACACAGCCCCCCGCCUGCAAAAAGAGAGCGACGUCCACGUGCGUCCGCGAUGUUGUCGCUUGGCGCUGGCGCUGUUGCCGCUGGCGCUGGCGGUGGCGCUGCGCUGGCGCCACGCGCGGCCGCUGCUGUGGCGGGCGGUGCUGCUGCGGUGGCUCCGCGACCGCCUGACGGGGCUGCGGGUGGAGGAGCGGGCGCUGCAGUUCGUGCAGCUCCACGCGCUGCCCGGAGACCCCCCAAGACGUCCUCAGCACCUUCGACCGGUGGGGGCGGGCCCUGCGAGUACCUGCCCCUGCCUCGGCCCCGACAAAGGUAACGCCCUGGGGUCAACGGAAGGGGAUCACGGAGCCGUUGGCCCCUCUGUGGCCCCAUUGGCCCCUCUAUGGCCCCAUUUGGCCCCCUCUAUGGCCCCCAUUGACUCCUCUAUGCCCCAUUGGUGCCUCUCUUCCUCCCUCUGCCCCACAUCCGCCCCACAUCUGCCCCCCAUGUGCCCCCCCCCAACAGGGCGGGUGGUGGAGCGUUUGGUGCGGGGGCGCUGCCCCCGUGGGGCGCUGCAGUUGGGGUCGCGCUGCGGUUAUUCGGCGGUGGUUGUGGGGCGAUCGCUGCCCCACGGCGCAACGCUGCUGAUCCUGGAGAGCGACCCACGGCGCGUGGACAUCGCCCUCCGCGUCCUGCGCCUCGCCGGCCUGCGGCCCCCCGCCGUUUCGGUGCUUUGUGGCUCUCCGGAGUCGCUCUUUUCCCAUUGGAGUUUUCCGCCCUUGGAUUUGGUGCUUUUGGCGGAGGAUCCUCAGCGCUUCCUUCGGACCCUUCGGCUCUUGGAGCGACGGCGGUUGUUGGCGUCCGACGCUCUUCUCCUGACCCAUCGCGCGGCCCUUCCGGCGGCGGCUCCGCUCUUCCGAUACCUCCGAUCCUCCGGGAAGUACCGCUGUCGGAUCCAUCGGAGCACCGUCGAGUUCCAUCCGCGCAUCCGGGACGAUGUCAUCGAGAUCCGAUUCCUGGGAUACGGCUGAUGGAUCGGUGCAGGGUUGACCUGGCAGCCUUUGGGGUUCAAUGGGAGCCAUGGGGUUGACCUGGCAGCCUUUGGGGUUCAAUGGGAGCCACGGGGUUGACCUGGCAGCCUUUGGGGUUCAAUGGGAGCCAAUGGGUUGACCUGGCAGCCUUUGGGGUUCAAUGGGAGCCAUGGGGUUGACCUGGCAGCCUUUGGGGUUCAAUGGGAGCCAUGGGGUUGACCUGGCAGCCUUUGGGGUUCAAUGGGAGCCAUGGGGUUGACCUGGCAGCCUGUGGGGUUCACUGGGAGCUAUGGGGUUGACCUGGCAGCCUGUGGGGUUCAAUGG